AUGUUCAGUUGCUCACACACAUGUGGAGCAAUUUGUGUCGAUGUAGACAGACACAGUAAGCAGGACAAGUACAUAUUGGCUGACUGGGAAUACUACAGAUCCGUGGAUGAUCGGAUCACGUGGCCGAUAGACGAAUUCCCAGCGAUGCGAGUCACUUCCGUGUGCUCGGACAUGUCAUUCCGUACACACACGUCCAUCUGCAGAUUCGCUCCGUAUAACGCACAAUUACAGACUCAUCUUGUCUCCUCUCUUCUCUUCUGCAUCCAUUUUAUUCUGCCUCAACUUCAGCUUGUAGUUAAUCGGUACGAGAUGACGAUGGACGUAAGCAAAAGUGAGUCCAAUAAAAUUGGAUCUACUUCUCAAGAUUGCGCUGGAUGUGGAAAAGCUAUUACCGAAAGAUGUAAUGUAAAUUCUAUUAUAAGCGAGUCUAUUAGGACAGGAAUUAUAAACAAUCAAUAUAUUAAAUGCAGUAAAUUGUGUCUAUAUUUAUUAAAAGCACUGGACAUGCUUUGGCACGAAGAUUGUUUAAAGUGCGGGUGCUGUAACUGCAGACUCGGAGAACUGGGUUCAACCCUCUACACAAAAGCCAACUUGAUCCUCUGCAAGCGCGAUUAUCUCAGGUUGUUUGGUAACACCGGAUACUGCGCAGCGUGUUCGAAAGACAUACCAGCCUUCGAAAUGGUUAUGAGAGCCAGGACAAAUGUUUAUCAUCUCGAAUGUUUUGCUUGUCAACAAUGUAAUCAUAGGUAU